GGUCAUUAGUGACGUAGAGGUUCUAGAGGAUUCCCGAAAACCCUGGGCGUAGAUGUAUCUCGACUUUCUUUGGUAUAAGAAGUGACAGUCAGUUGAUCGGCGUCAGAACUACCGAACAGAAGCUAGUUGGCAUUUAGCGAAGGCAAUCAACGUUUAUCAAAUAUUGGACACUGUUUUAAGGCUAUAAUUUGGUGAAAACCCAUGAUAUGACGAUGGGGAAAGAUUACUACCAAAUCCUAGGCGUUGCUAAAGGUGCGACUGACGAUGAGAUUAAGAAGGCAUACCGAAAAAUGGCUCUUAAAUACCACCCGGACAAAAACAAGUCACCAGGAGCUGAAGAAAAAUUUAAGGAGAUAGGUGAAGCGUAUGAGGUUUUGAGUGACAAAAGCCGCCGUGAAAUUUAUGACAAAUAUGGAGAAGAAGGGUUGAAAGCUGGGGCUGGAGGUGGAGGCGGUGGAGGUGGAGGUGCAAAUUAUUCCUACACCUUCCACGAUCCACGGGAUACGUUCAAGAUGUUCUUCGGGGACGAAGAUCCAUUUGCGUCGUUCUUUUCGUUCAGCGGUGGGCCUGGUGGAACUCGUACUUUCACUACAACAUUCACUGGUAACCCAGGCCAGGGUGGCUUUGAGCCUAUGGACACAGAUGAUCCUUUCAGCUCCUUUAUGGGUGCGGGUCAUGGUAUGCCCGGCGGCCGCGGUGGAGGCAGAAGGAAACGCCAGGAUCCUCCUAUAGUAUAUGACUUGCAGGUAUCUCUUGAUGAAGUAAACAAUGGUGCCUCCAAAAAGAUGAAAAUCACUCGCAAAGUUGUGAAUUCAGACGGUUCUGCAAGGAGAGAGGAUAAGAUUUUAUCAAUUGACAUUAAGAAAGGAUGGAAAGCAGGAACAAAAAUAACUUUUGCAAAAGAGGGGGACCAAACGCCAAAUAAUAUACCUGCAGACAUUGUAUUUGUAAUUAAAGACAAACCUCAUCCAUUAUUUAAGAGAGACGGCCAAGAUCUGUUGUACAAACAAACUAUAACACUGAAACAGGCUUUGAUUGGAUGUACUAUAAAUGUACCAACAUUGGAUAGUACAAAAGUUCCACUGACUAUUCGAGAAGUCAUCAAACCAGGGGUAAAGAAAAGAAUCAAUGGAUUAGGACUACCUCUACCGAAAAAUCCAACCAAAAAGGGGGAUAUGAUAGUGGAGUUUGACAUCAAAUUUCCAGACACGAUACCUGAAGCUGCCAAAGAAAUGCUUCAGAAUUGUUUACCGUGAUUUUCUGUUGUGGUAAAUUGAAUUUUAAUUCAGUAGAUCAUGGACGGUGAAUAUGAAGUUCCGUGUUAAUGAAAGGAAGUCCAAUAAAUUCAAGAACAUGUUGCUUGGUCACAAUAAGAGAGGACAAUAGUCUGUACUUGCAAACUUCUUUUAGUCGGAGACAAAUAGACCAAAGAAUUAUGAACAGGUGCAGAAGCAUUAAAUGCAUGGUUCAAGAUUUUGAUAUUUUUUAGAUAAGUUAUAAAAAAGUUCAAAGGAAAAUAACCACUUUUCUUGGACAUUCUCGAAUGAUCGUGAAAUGUUCAUUCAGACUUAAUUGUAUUUCUUGUUAAUGCCCUAUGAUAUAUAUUUUUGCAAUGUUUUAAGCUGGUUAUGAAAAUGGUUGUCCUUUUAAUGGAGAAAUACCUAGUGGUUCAGCCAGCGUUAUCCUAGCUUGUAAUUUUAUUUACCUAAUGUAAAUAUGUACAUAUUUCAUUUUUUUAUCAACGGAAUGGUUGAUUCAUAUGUUAAAAUGUAUGUAAUAAGCCUUUGUGUUGCUAGUAUAAAACUGUUAUAAAAAUUCCAAUUUGAAGUUAUUUCUUAACCUGCAGUGCAGGUUGGCCUUGAUGGAAUUGAAAUAAAAAAUUGAUAUCUAGUUGAUUAA